AUGGCCAUUGUCAAAAUUCUGUUGAAUAAUUGCAUCUCUGUUUUAGGGGCGACAUUUUUGAAGGGCCCACUUCCGCCACCAGAGCUGCCUCCGCUGCUUCCGCCACCACUUCCACCAGAGCUGCCUCCACCACUUCCGCUACCACUUCCACUAGAGCCGCCUCCGCCACUAGAACCUCCGCCACUUCCACCGCUUCCAUCAGAAUUACUGACACAUGUGUAUCCAUAUAUACAAGUUGAGCCAGGGAUACAGCAA